CACAAUUCAAAACAUUGCUAGGUUUUGUUGUCUUUACCGAUUACUACAAUGAAUUUUAAUCCUGUAUGAUUUUAUGAAAUCUUUUUACAGAGUCCUAAAUUAUUAGUUUGAAUAGGUAACUGUAUAAAUAUUGAGUGAUAAGGCAGCAAAUCUGGAUGGCAAAGAGGCAAUGAUUACUGCUGGAGAACCCCAGGAAUUCAUUCCAUUGGGUCGAGAACACUUAAAAGUUCACCCUGGGGAUGUCUAUCUACCCACUGAAAAUGUUCCGGCAGCUCCAUCAACCAAUGAUCAUAGUCUUACAAGAGAUUUGCUUAAAGCUCUCCGAGGUGUCACAUUGAAAGACCAAACAGAAGAGCAUUGGUUCUUAAAGGAAAACCCUGAUGAUGAGUCAGAAGGAGAAUUUUAUUGGAAUGGAAAAACUGUCAUUUGGAGCAAAAGUAGUGGCCAUGGAGUUAGAAAAGCACAAAAAUCAUUUACAAUGGAAAGUAAUGUAUUGCAGGUUCUGUGGACAGAAUUUAGAAUCAGGAGCUGUAAACCAAGAAUUGUUGAUUCGGCUAUUGAAAUGGAAGAUUCUGGUCAUGAAGCUCUAUGUGGCAUAUGCAUUGUUGAAAACUCCUCAUUAUCAGUUUUUGCAACCAGUGGUGAAGAUUACAUUGUAACUACACCAUUCCAGGUUCUUAGGGCAUGGACUUCUAAGUAUGGUGUGAUACUUGAAAGGAAUCUUGCUCUUGACCGAAAAGAAAACACAUCAAAACAAAAUCAAAUAGACAAUUUGCCUGUCAUCUUCAGCAUGAUGCAUCCUUUGGAUGAUAUUGCUCCUGUUAUAAAAAGAAAAGUAAAUGGUGCAGCUGUUGAGAUUAAUUAUUUCUGUGAUUCUUCAGAGGAAAUCGUGUUUUGUAGUUCUGAUCCGUCUUUUAUCAUGACUUAUAACAAGAAAGGUUCUCAUUCUGUCUGGAAAUUACGAACUUCAACAUUUCAGGAAGCAGAUUUUGCAUGUGCAAAUAUUCAAAUGUCUACACCCUGCAAACCUGGUAACACACCAGUGACAAGUGCAUCUGUUUCUACUAAAAGUAAACUAAAUAUUUCAAGUCAAACGCCCUCAGGGAACAUAGGAAGUCCAUUUCAUAAUUAUUCUAGUCGUGUUGCUUCUCCUGCAACUCGCUCUUUUAGUCCUGGAGUUUCUCAUCUUACACACAUGGCAACCUUAAGCCGAUCUCAACCACCAUCAAUCACUAGUAGUCAGUCUCAUCCACAUAACUUUACUCCAUUAAGUACUUCCAGAAGUUCUCUUGCUCUUGCACAAACAAAUGAUGUUUGCAAGUUUAUGGAACCUUUGGCUCCGGACAUCUGUUUUGACCAUGAAUGGUCAACUGAUUCCUCUAGCAUUGGACAUCAAGAAAAGGCUUCAAAAGCAUUCUUAUCAAAAGAUAUUACUGGACAUAACUUUCUCUGCUAUUUUUUAAAAGAUCAGCAUUUACUGCAGUUGGUUAAAUUUGAAGAAAUUGAUGUUACCAAGCAAUGGAUAUUCGGUAACACUUCAUCCAUAUCAGCACUUGAUGCAGAAGUCCUCCCAGAUUUGAAUCUUAUCAUAAUUGUGGAUAUAAAUUUUACAUUAUCUUUAUACACAGGAACAAUCAAGAUCUGUAAGGUUCAUGUAGCGGACAUUUUUGGGCCAGCAAGUGAUAUUUUAUCGUUAUCAAAUCCAAUAGCAGCUUCUUAUGCUACUCCUAAAAGACCCAGUUUAAUUUCAUCUACAAGACCACCAAGUGCAAGCAGCACAAGAUUUGGUGAUGAGUCACAGAUCUUAUCUCCAGUACCAAUGAUAAUAGAAGAACCAAAUAAAAAUGUGUUAAAUGAUGAAAUGUCAUUUUUCCAAGUUGGUCCCAUAAAAAGUGUUAGGGAUUGCGUUAGAAGUCGAAUAACUCUGGAGACAGCCAUUGGAUAUUACAGAUUGCAAAUACCUGAAAUAACUGUUUCAAAAACAGUUUCAAAAUGUCUUCAAGCUUUGAAGUAUAUAUUGCCACGAGAUGUAUAUACACAGAUUUUCAUAAAGUGGUACUGCAGCCGAAAUGCUCCAGGACCAAGUGAUUUGGACACUAAAUCUGAACUUAAUGUUUUCUUGAUGAGUUUGCUUGGCAUGAUAGGAUUUGACAUUGACAGGAUUAUUUUGGGAGAUUGUAUUAGAAAUAAAUCAAAUCAUCUAGCUCAGAUUAAGAAAUUAAAGACACAUGAAAAAGGAUGUGAUGAUGACUGGAAUCAUUUAAUGUCUUCAAAUCAUCAUAGACAAUUUAUAGAAUUCAAAUUUUUGGAAGGAGCACCACCUUCAUGGAAACAACCACCAGCUGAUAUUAACUUGUUUAAUGAUUCAGCACCAUUAUUCCCUUAUAUGGCCCAUGUCCUCUUUUCAUUGCAUUUAAUAUAUGAGGAUUGCAAGCUGGAUGUAUCUUUAUGGAAUGAUUUGUCUCAAAUGAAUAGUUUUCUUUCCGAAUUGGCAAGAGAACUUAGGCAGUAUAAAUAUUUGGAUCAUUACUGGCAAGACUUUCCUGAGCAGUUUGCGUCUGUUAGUAAAACAUUUAUAAUUCCAGAGAAUGAUUUACAGAAAGUACAUUACCCAAGUUUUUUUUCUGCUGUGCCUAGUAUUUAUAAAUGUAUAAAGGAAUGUCUUAUGUUUGGUGUCACUGAGCCUUUUCCAUACAUUCCUAAUGUAACAAAAAUGUUACACGGCAUAAUUUUGAUUUAUGCUCUUCUAACUUCCAUUGAAAAGCCAGUGUCUAGUAUAAAAGAUUACCUUUUGCAAAUAUCUGGACUAGGGGUAAAAGAAGAAGAGAUCAUCAGUGAUGCUUCACUUUCUUCUUGCUACACAAUAAGCAAUAAUCCUAAAAAAGCUGCAGUAUUACUUAUAACAAAACUAGGUUUUACUGUAAAAGACAUCAACUCAUUACCAGUUGGCCUUGCUUUACCUAUCAAAGAUGCCUUGCUGAACUGUUGGCAUGGACCAUCGGGAUUGUGGUCUAAAGAUAUGUUUGAUGUCAUUGGAAGACGUGACUUGUCAUCGCUGCAGUCAUCAGAAAAAAAUAGAAUUUUGCCUCAACCAUCAAAAUCCAAACAAGAUCAUGGGAAGAGUAGUGUUACAAAAGAUAAUUUUGAAGAUGGUCUUCAUCAUUUAGAUCUUGAAGUAUUAAGAUUAAGGUUUGGUCAAGAUCAUAGAGUGCAUGACGUUUUUCAAAUGUUACAAUCAUCUAAACCGGCUCAAAUAACAUUAGUACAAAGACCUGAAGUCAGUGAUCAUGAAUUCAUUGAAGAGCAAGAAAGGCAUUUAUAUAAUUUGUGCAUACGCACAAUGGCUGCAACAGUUGGAAGGGGUAUGUUUACAUUGAGAGCUUACAAUCCUGUAGUAACUGAAACAUUGCCUAUUCCAAAACUGUGUCUGACUGGACGAGCACCUCCUAGAAAUACUACAGUAGAUUUGUCACAUAUUGAUGUACCACCCAAUAUGAAUAUGUGGCCUCUUUUCCAUAAUGGAGUUGCUGCUGGUUUAUCCAUAUCUCUUAAUGCAUCCAAGAUUGAUUCAACUUGGAUGGUGUACAAUAAACCACGGAGUAGUAGUAGUGAUACACCAACAGAACAUGCUGGAUUUUUAAUGGCAUUAGGGUUAAAUGGUCAUCUUUCUAGACUUACAACAUUAAGCAUUCAUGAUUAUCUCUGUAAGGGCCAUGAGCUUACUAGUGUUGGUAUCCUACUUGGUGUUUCUGCUGCAAAACGUGGAACUAUGGAUUUAAGUGCCACUAAAUUACUAAGUAUUCACAUUGAAGCUUUAUUGCCUCCUACUUCUACAGAGUUAGAUGUUGCACCAGCAGUGCAAGUAGCUGCUGUUAUGGGACUUGGUCUUUUAUAUCAGGGAUCUGGACACCAUCAUAUGGCUGAAGUUUUACUUGGAGAAAUUGGACGACCUCCUGGUCCAGAGAUGGAACAUAGUAUUGACAGAGAAAGUUAUUCUCUCGCAGCAGGUCUUGCAUUAGGAUUGAUUACAUUGGGUAAAGGUAAAGAAAUGUCUGGAGUUGCAGAUUUUCCAAUGGCUGACCAAUUAUACCAUUACAUGGUUGGUGGCCAUAAAAGACCUUUAACUGGAAUCCAUAAGGAAAAGCAUAAAUCACCAAGCUAUCAAAUUCGUGAAGGGGAUAAUGUAAAUGUUGAUGUAACAAGUCCAGGUGCAACUCUUGCAUUAGGAAUGAUGUUCUUUGACAGUGACAAUCAAGCAAUUGCAGAAUGGAUGACUGCACCAGAUACACAAUUUUUAUUAGAUAUGGUUCGCCCUGACUUUUUGUUAUUGCGAACUAUAAGCAAAGGUCUAAUUUUGUGGUCUUCCAUUCAUCCUUCUAUGAAAUGGAUUGAAAGUCAUCUUCCAGAGAUUGUUUCUAAACAUGCAUUUCAAAGAGGUGUUACUCAUGCUGAUGUUGAUUAUGAAACCAUGAGCCAAGCAUAUUGCAAUAUAAUUGCUGGUGGUUGUUUUUGUGUCGGACUUAAAUUUGCAGGAUCUGCUAAUGCAGAAGCUUUUGAAAUUCUGAUGAAUUAUGCCAAACAUUUUCUAUCUCUAUCUCGAAAACAUGUCGGUGAGCAAGCCGGUAGAAGUACAAUUGAAACCUGUUUGAAUGUUGUUGUCUUAUCAUUAGCAAUGGUAAUGGCUGGUACAGGUGACUUAGAUGUAAUUCGUAUAUGCAGACAUUUGAGAUCUAGAAUAAGCCAAGCAGCUAGUUAUGUUCUAUAUGGCUCUCAUAUGGUCACUCACAUGGCUCUGGGAUUAUUGUUUUUAGGUGGUGGAAGAUUUACUCUUAGUACCUCUCCUCUUUCUAUUGGAGCUUUGGUUUGUGCAUUUUUCCCAAAAUUUCCCCAACAUAGCAAUGAUAAUCGGUAUCAUUUACAAGCCUUCUAUCAUUUAUAUGUUCUUGCUGUUGAACCUCGUUUAAUUAUUCCGAGACUAAUCGAUUCAAACAAACCUGUGUACGUCAAUAUUAAAGUGAAAUUCAAGGAUACUCCAUAUUAUCAGAAUGCUGAGUUUAGUGUCAAAGCCCCCUGUAUACUUCCAGAGCUGAAAUUUUUGAAACAAGUUAUCAUUGAAGAUUCCAGAUAUUGGCCAAUUGUUUUUGAUCGCGAUGAAAAUUGGGAUGUGUUAUGUAAUUUGCUUGAAAAUGGAGGAACUCUUCAUGUAAUGCAGAGUGCUGGAUGUUUGCCUUAUAGUGAAGAUCCUCAAGGUUUUAGGAGCUUACUUGCACAAUCUUACAUAUGGAAUAAUGUUCAUGCCUGGAAUAUAAAAAAUGUCCAGAUAUCCAAUUUCUCAUCUGAUCCUGUUGCUCUUAAAUUUGCUUCUUGCUUUUUGGCUCCAGCUGCUACAAGUGAUCAGGAAAAAGAAUGGCAGCAGAAAAUGUGUGGGUUUUUAUUUGAAUGUGCUUCAUUGGAAAAAAUGGAAGCACUUCCAGUUUGUGUUGCAAUGAUUCAGGUGUCAAAGAUAAAUAAUUUCACUUACCACACUUUUGAUUUAUGGCAAGUAAAAAUGGUAUCUGCUUACGAAAAAUGGAUUAAAAGAUAUUCUUCUCAUUAUAAUGAUAACUUGAUGCUUCUCAGACCAGAUUUUGGUCUUUCAAUAUCCAGUUCAGUAGAGAGAUCUGCUAAGCAAGCAGUUAAAGGAAUGAAGAAUUAUUUACUUCAGUAUAUCAAUCGAAACUGGACACCUGAAGAUAGUCACUUGCCUGAUUAUCCUUCUGCUUUGGUUGGAUUUCUCUUAAUGCAUGAUUUACAAGGUGUUAAUUCUUCAAAUUUACAGUCACCCAGUGAUAUUAGUUUACCAUCUCUCUUUAAUCACCUUCGCAACUUUAAUUUAUCUGUGUCAUCUAUAAUGUCCAUUUUAUCUGUAAUAUCAUCAUGAAUUGCCAUAUAUUUUGUACUAUGAC